AUGAGAAAACAAUUUAUUGUGCUCCUUCUUAUUUCUUUACUUUUAACCGCUGCUUUAGGAAGAGGUUUAAGAAAGGAAAAACCUAUCUAAAAAAGCCAUUCUGCUGUUUCAAAAGAAACUGAAAUGACUGAAAACACCCCCAAGCUUAUUUAAGAUGAUGAAGAAAAUGCAGAUGAAGGUGAUAAUGGAGAUGAUGAAGAAUCUGGCGAUUCUGAUGAUGAUAGCGGUGAUUCAGAUGAUGAAGAAUCUGGCGAUUCAGAUGAUGAAGAAUCUGGUGAUUCUGAUGAUCAAGAAUCUGGUGAUUCUGAUGAUGAAGAAUCUGGUGAUUCUGAUGAUGAAGAGUCUGGUGAUUCUGAUGAUGAAGAAUCUGGCGAUUCUGAUGAUGAUAACGGUGAUUCAGAUGAUGAUAAUGGUGAUUCAGACGAAGAUAACGGUGAUGAUGAUUCAAACGACGACGAUAAUGGUGAUGAUGAAAAUGGUGAUGAUGCCGAAGAUGGUGAUGAUGCCGAAGAUGGCGAUGAUGCUGAAGAUGGUGAUGAUGCCGAAGAUGGUGAUGAUGCUGAAGAUGGCGAUGAUGCCGAAGAUGGCGAUGAUGCUGAAGAUGGUGAUGAUGCUGAAGACGGUGAUGCUGCCGAAGAUGGUGAUGAUGCUGAAGACGGUGAUGAUGCCGAAGAUGGUGAUGAUAACGAAGAUGCCGAAGAUGGUGAUGAUGCUGAAGAUGGUGAUGAUGCCGAAGAUGGUGAUGAUAACGAAGAUGGCGAUGAUGCCGAAGAUGGUGAUGAUGCUGAAGACGGUGAUGAUGCCGAAGAUGGUGAUGAUAACGAAGAUGCCGAAGAUGGUGAUGAUGCUGAAGACGGUGAUGAUGCUGAAGAUGGUGAUGAUGCCGAAGAUGGUGAUGAUAACGAAGAUGGUGAUGAUAAUGAAGAUGGCGAUGAUGAAGAAGCUUAAGAUUAAAGUGAACUUAUCCAAAAAAAUAAGAAAUAACAAGUAUUAGAUAGUAAUUGA